AUGCCAACAGAUUUGCCGCCGUCAGUGUCCAAAUUGCCCAACUCUGUGUCCAAGUCAGAUUUGCUCUCCAUCUCUGUGUACGCAAAUUCUGCUCGCGUGCGACUGAUGAGCGAGGGAGAACAAAUGAAUAUUUUUAACUUACUCGCGUCGAUCGGUGGAAUAUUUGGUCUCUAUGUGGGCCUUUCUGGAGUUACGGUUUUCGAAGUGCUCGAAGCGCUAUUCCUCAUUAUUAUUUCCAUACCAGUUCUGUGUCGAACUUAUGGGCGAUCAGUGAGGCUAAAAGGCCCUGUCUCAGAGUUCAUAUUUCUUCAUCAGCUGUCUUACUGUUGCAAAGCGGAUAUCGCGUUCAUGGUACCUAGUCUCUUGGAUUAUUUCACACAACUCAAACCCGUCGGAGAAUUGGGCUUCUGUUCAAAACAUUCAACCUGAAAGAAUCAAGUAACACUUGUUGAAAAAUACGUUCAUUGCUUGAUUAUGGCUCAAUCUUCUACUGUAAUUCCAAAAGACCACUCCUUAGGCACGUGCUGCAGUUUUCCGUGCUCCGCGAAAACAAAAUGUAGAUAUUAUCUCCGCUUUUGACUGGAUUCAUCUGAGGGCCAUAUCUGAAAAACUAACAGGAUCAUCCAUGUUUACGAUCACUCUGAAUGCUUACCUCCUUCAAAAUCAACUUCACUUACCGAAUGCAGUUAAACUGUUAGAAGGACAAUAAACUUGCCCUACACUGCGUACAGUUUGCUCUCCCUCUCUGGAGAAAAUAUUUCGUGCACCGACGAUUUUUCUCAAAGCCAUUUCACUUCACCAGUCUCCCAAAUGUGAUGUUCUACAACUGUUGGAAUCAUCCCAAAUAUUUCCUCUGAAAAUGCCUUUCAAAAAACUUGUACAAUUCUGAAGGUUUAUGUCUUCAGUGAUAAAUUGUACCAUCAGUAUCGGACAACUUGGGACAAAAACUCAUCAUCAUCAUUCCUGCUUCUUCAUCCCUUUUCGCUUUGUUUAUUUCUCUCCUACCACUGUUGGCCACGACUGAGCUGAUCUCUCGAAUUGAUUGGUAAAUGCUUCCAAAAAUGGAAUACAC